AUGCCAACCACCACACCACCCAGGAGAAGCAACAGAAAACCCAAACCGGUCACGCGCUAUGAUGGCUUAUUCACAGGAAGCAGGUCAGAAGGUUCAAGAAUCGUUGCCGAGGUAUCAGACAAAACAUGUUCGCUCGUACUAGCGUUCCUCUCGUUUGAAGCCAGGAAAAGUGGAGAAGAACCUACUUUCAUUGACCUUGUAGACAAGGUCUGGAAGGCUUUUGAAGCCGGAAGCAAUACAAACCGCCUUCAAUCUCGUCUCGAGUCUGUUCAAGAGCUUGUAGCCCACUGGAAAGGGAGAUGGUCUCAAUCACGAGGGGGAGAUCCCUUGGGUGAUGCUAUCAAUACAGUCCUGGAUAACAGGGCUCGAGGGAUCAAAUUGACAGGUCUAGAUGAGAACGUUGGACAGAGAGGGUCAGAUGGACAAUCCGACGCUGAUGGAUACAUUUUUGAGCUACUCACCGGUCCGUUGGGUAAAAAACUUCAGAAAAUUAUAUGGGACAUCGUCGAGGCUGGGUCAAAAAAUACUGGUGCUUCAUUAACAAGUAUGGACAAUCAGGCACAGAGAAUUGGUCUGACUAUUAAAGACAUAACUCUAGCGUACACCUCCGGUGUUGAACUGGAAAGUCCAGGUCUCCCAGACUGCAAUCCCAAAAUCACAAGCAUAAGUCUUGAGGAUCUACGUCACAGGAUGAUAUGGGCACAGAGCGGUGAGAGGAAAGAUGAAUGA